AUGGAAAUUGCAGGACUAAUCUUCGAGCAUGUAUUCAGGUAUUUCGGUAUUCCUGAAGAUAUUGUCUCUGACCGUGGUACUCAAUUUACCUCCAGAGUCUGGAAAGCUUUCUUCAAACGCCUAGGUGUGGCUUACCUCCCAUGGGCCGAGUACGCACAAAACUCCUUGAGACAGCAAACUACUGGCUUAACGCCUUUCCAGUGUGUACUCGGCUACCAACCACCUUUUUUCCCUUGGUCAGAUGAGCCUUCGGAUGUCCGGUCUGUUUACCAUUGGUUCCGUGAGAGUGAGAGGGUAUGGAACUCGGCGCAUCAUCAGUUGCAGGGAGCCGUUAGAAGACACGAGGGCUGCUGUCACUCGUCGUUCAUCCACUCCGUGUUACCAAGUAGGUCAAAAGGUCCUGGAGCUGAAGAAGUACCCCCACCUACCCUAGAAGAAGACACCGGGAUCUACUCGGUGAAGGAGACCCUGGAUUCCAGACGUCGGGGUGGGGCUCUACAGUAUCUCGUCGAUUGGGAGGGGUAUGGACCUGAGGAACGUUCAUGGGUGCCCCGAGAUGACAUUCUGGACCCCAAUCUCCUCUGGGAGUUCCAUGAGUCACACCCAGGCAGACCCGCACCUCGACCCAGAGGCCGCCCACCUCGACGCUCUGGUGUUCCAGGUCCUCUGGAGCGGACCGUGAAGGGGGGGGGGUACUGUCACGGAGUCACCAGUCAUUCAAGCUCCAGACUCCCGUUUGCUUCUCAACAAUCGGCUCUCUUUCCUUCUCCCUCACCUUCGGGGCUACAGGAUUAUCUUCCCACCUCUACUAGCUCCAGUCUUGGAUCCUGUCUCUCCUUUCCCUGUGUUCUCCCCAGUGUUUGUGUUUGUGUGUGUGCGUGCUGCAACCUGGUGGUGCUUCGUACAGCUCAAGUACGAUACAUCUGUUCACGGACUUUAAUAAACUUCACUUUGUCUUUGCUUACCCUGGCUCAUGGCAUGUGUAUCAUUACAGGUGUUUAGACUUGUGGUAUUUUUUUAUUUACAUUUUUUAUUUCUUUUGAUUUCUUUUUGUUGCAAUAUUCCAUUAAACAUGUACCAAGUCUGCCAUUUAUGUUACUCUUAUU